AUGGAUCUCUACGGGAUACUGGACCCCUCAAAGGUAUAUUCCGAAGCACUUUGGCUAAGAUCAGGUUAUAGUUUGCCCAUCUACGAUCCUACCUGCAAACGUUCGCAGCGCAACGCUUUGGUUCUGCUUUCAUACCCACGACAAAUGAUCACUGGUAUUCUAAGAAAGCUCUUACAAGCUAGGCCGUCUCCAGAUCUGUGCCUGCUCCCCACCGACUAUAAAGAUAAAUGCGACUACACGGUAGAUGAGCAGGAUUCUCCGUAUGAGGACAUCGACUGCCUGUCUAUAGUAGACACCCUCCUUCCCGAGAAACUCAGCGAGUUCUAUGUGUUUCUUGCCACCGAAUCCAACUCUUUGGCCACCUACUAUACCCCCCGGUUUGAGAAGACCCACCGUCGCGGGCGCACCGACCACUGCACCAUCUGUUUGCUGACCAUUGGCGCCCACGCCAAGAUCAUCUGCUUGCCCUGUAACCACUACUAUCACUUCAAUUGCCUCGUCCAAUGGUUCUCGCAGAAUCAGUCCCCUCAUAAGAACUGUCCGCUUUGCCGGUUCAACAUGAACGAGUACUACUGGGAAAUCAUAUCGCGGUUGAAUGUGAAGGAGAUUUUAGCAGGGUUGCUUUUCUGUGCUGGAUUUUUGAUUGCAGGCGUGAUUGUCUUCCAGAUGGGACUCUCCUUAAAACACAUCACCGUGGAUGUAUACUUUGCUCAUGAAACUAUAAAGCUUUAA